GAGCGUGACCGGAACUCUUUAAUCAGUUAACGGAGAAACCCGGAAUACACUAUCUCUGUUGUUAUGAACAAUCUCUACUCACGCGUUUGAAGCCGCUGUAGUAACGAGCCAUUUGGAUGUACAGCUAGGCAAUUGUAGUUUUAUAUGAUUAAAACAAAUAAAAUAAAAGUACAGACCGUUGACUGCUAGAUAUAAACAGGAAGGUAUACACGCAGAGAGGGGGAAUUAUGGCGACUGAUUCCUGGGCCUUGGCUGUGGACGAACAAGAAGCAGCUGCACAAUCGAUUGGUGGUCUAAAUAUCAAUGAAACCGAAGAGAACUUAAAGGCUCAAGAGAAUGGAACCAUUAAAACAGAGGAGAAUGGUGAUAAGACAGAAGAUGAUGACAAAGAGGACAGGGCGGCCCAGUCCCUGUUGAACAAGCUGAUACGCAACAACCUGGUGAACAACACCAACCAGGUGGAGGUUUUGCAGAGGGACCCCAACUCACCGCUGUACUCCGUCAAGUCUUUUGAGGAGCUCAGACUAAAGCCGCAGCUUCUUCAGGGUGUGUACGCCAUGGGCUUCAACCGGCCCUCCAAAAUCCAGGAGAACGCCCUGCCGAUGAUGCUCGCAGAGCCUCCACAGAACCUGAUCGCCCAGUCGCAGUCUGGUACCGGAAAAACAGCAGCCUUUGUCCUCGCCAUGCUCAGCCACGUGGACCCAACUCACAACUGGCCACAGUGUUUGUGCGUGUCCCCUACUUACGAGCUGGCCUUGCAGACUGGUAAGGUCAUCGAGCAGAUGGGAAGGUUUUACCCAGAAGUCAAGCUGGCCUAUGCCAUCCGGGGGAAUAAGCUGGAGAAGGGGAUGAAGAUCCAAGAGCAGAUCGUCAUUGGCACGCCCGGCACGGUGCUGGACUGGUGCCUCAAGCUCCGCUUCAUUGACCCCAAGAAGAUCAAGGUGUUCGUGCUGGACGAGGCCGACGUCAUGAUCGCCACGCAGGGCCACCAGGACCAGAGCAUCCGCAUCCAGAGGAUGCUGCCCAAGGACUGCCAGAUGCUGCUGUUCUCGGCCACCUUCGAGGACUCGGUGUGGAGGUUCGCCCAGCGGAUCGUGCCCGACCCCAACAUCAUCAAGCUGAAGCGUGAGGAGGAGACCCUGGACACCAUCAAGCAGUACUACGUGCUGUGCAACAACAAGGAGGAGAAGUUCACGGCGCUCUGCAACAUCUACGGAGCCAUCACCAUCGCCCAGGCCAUGAUAUUCUGCCACACUAGGAAAACAGCGGGCUGGCUGGCUGGGGAACUGUCUAGGGAAGGCCACCAGGUGGCGCUGCUGAGCGGGGAGAUGGCAGUGGAGCAGAGAGCUGCUGUUAUCGACCGCUUCCGAGACGGCAAGGAGAAAGUGCUGGUGACGACCAACGUCUGCGCCAGAGGAAUCGACGUCGAACAGGUCUCCGUGGUGAUCAACUUCGACCUGCCUGUGGACAAGGAUGGAAACCCGGACAACGAGACCUACCUGCAUCGGAUUGGACGUACGGGACGUUUCGGCAAGAGAGGCCUGGCCAUCAACAUGGUGGACAGCAAGUUCAGCAUGAACGUCCUCAACCGAAUCCAAGACCACUUCAAUAAGAAAAUAGAGAAGCUGGACACCGACGACCUGGAUGAAAUAGAGAAGAUUGCAAACUGAAAACAGUCAGCCCUCUGCAGGCCGCUGCGUUCCCGCCUGUGGAACUGUAAUUCUGCAGCAUUUCAUUUCAGUCACAAACACAGCAGAACACGAGAGGCGGAAGAAAUGUUUGCAUAGUUUUAAAAGCGGUUUUAGCGUAUAUGGCAUGCAGUAACUCCCAAAAGUCUUUGAACUGAGUUUCCCUCUUUGUUCUUGGGAGUGUGACUCUAGCAGAUGUAGCUUAUCGUUUUCUUAGCCUGGUGAAUAACAGCACGCGCACACAGACAGGAAAUAAAUUUGCAGAUACGCGUUCCAUUUGCAAGUGCAAGAAGCACAAAUUCAUUUCAAAACUUCAAAACAGCUAAAGCUAACUAACAGCGCUAGGCCAAAUUUAAAAGUAACAAGGCCUUCGGAAGGGUGAAGGCGGCCAUGGGUUUCAUGGAACAGUCACCUUGCAAACAGGCCCGUAACUGUGUAUCUUUAUCAAGCAGUAAGCAGUUGAUGCUUGGCGUAAUUUGCCACGGUGUCACUCAUUUUGUGGCACAAUAUCUACAAAAUUUCAAGCCAGUAAAAGCCAAAUGUAUACAAUUCUUAGUGAGAUGUGUUAAAUAAGGAUUGUAUUUUGGUUUAUUUCCUGUCAUUUUAUUUGUUUUUAGCUAGGAGGUUACUGAUAAAAACGCUGAUCUUGCAUCCUGUAUUCUGCAGUCUUUUGGUCAGUGUUUGAUGUUCAGAGUUUGAGUGGGGACAUCAGUUAGUAUGCAGCUUGAUAUAGGUAGUGUCUGAUAUUACAAGACAAUAGGAAUUCGUAGUAGAUUAAAAAUCUUUGUAUUCACAUUGUAAUGCCAUGAUGGAAUUUCCAUUUAUCAGCCUGUGGCAAAAGUGUGAACGGAAGCUAAAAGUGCUCAAAUAUUAAAGCAUGUCUUUACUGUGUUUUCUGAAAUAGCCUAAACUGUGGUUUUGAGCCAGUAUAAUUCAGCGGAUAUUGCUUCAAGGCUUAAAAUCAUACUGGAUAUGAUUGUCUCGGUGCUCUACCUGUGGACCUCUGUCUUGAUGUCUGUGAACUAUAUAUAUAAAAUGUGUUUGAGGCUUAAAGUUUAAUUGGAAUACUGAUUGCUAAUGUCUGGUUAAUUGCUCUGUAAUGGGCUUCUGUGGAUCCAGCAACCACCUGAAUGGGUACCGAAUUCUGUUCUAAGAAUCAGAAUAUUGUUAAUUGCUGCUUAUUCUAACUUUAGUUGGGUUAAUAAUCAGUUGAUUUGCAUGUCAGAACAAUAGAACAGGAAUGCAAUCUAUGCAAUUUCUUGCUCUCUUAAACCCAGAUGACAAACUCUCUGUUUCAGGGAACGUAAACAUUCCUUUAUCAUAACGUAACAUUUGGGGAUGACACAUCAAAUGACAUCAUUCACACUCAAAAGGCUGAUUUAAGCUUUAGGUUUGUUUACAGUAAUGGCAUGUGUCCACUUGUGCGUAGAGCUUUUCAGUCAUUCAUAAUGACUUGCUUUUUGAGGGUGUAACUCUAAAUGCUGGUACAACUUCAAAAAUCUCUCCGGGGAGAGCUUCAUUCUGAAACUGGCCCCGUCUCUUAUUGCUAGAAUUACAAACGGGACAGUUUAAAGUGUUCUUUUGACAGUUUCGGAAUGGUAUAUUUCUUUGCAAUAUUGGCAAGCAAAGUCAUACACUUUUACCAAGUAAAAACAGGUUUAUAUAAAAUGUACGAGUGAAAAAUGUACCUAAAAUUUUAGGAAAGCCUACACCCGACUGCAGUGAUUUGAGUGGGAAAAAGCUUUACUGAACGCAAAGCGAGACAGUCUGUGAAGCAUCACUUUGUGUUCUGGUUUCAUUUUGUACUUCAGUGUGUAUGCAUUAUAUUUGGACUUUGACUGGAUACCUGUUGUAUUUAUUUUUCCGCAGAUGUUAUGAGAAGAGUGCUUGAGUGCAGUUUGUUGAAUUUUAAAUGCCUACCUUUAAUGUAGCUAUGAAAGUAAAAAAGAGCAGCUCCUAUGGUGUUUCCCUUACACUUGCUGCCUUUGUGGUUUUAGAAUUAUUUCUAAACAUGAUGUUUGUGGUAAUAAAGAAU